AUGCAAACCGGUCCCCAAUUUCAAAUCGUAUAUACAUACAGUGCGAGAAAUGGAGACACUAACAGAUUGGAAAGAUACUUUGAAACUCAACAAGAAGAAUCAUUGCCCAAAAAGCCGAGAACACUCGCCGAAAUGUCUCAUGAGUCCGCUUUCCCAGUUCCAUACCGUAGCAAGCUCACCGAGCCGUUCGAGCCAGGACAGACACUCAUCGUGAAGGGAAAGACUGGAGAGGAUUCGAUCCGCUUUACCGUGAACCUUCACACCGCCACCGCCGACUUCUCCGGAAAUGACGUUCCACUUCACAUUUCCGUCCGCUUCGACGAGGGAAAACUCGUCUUCAACACUUUCGCCAAGGGAGAGUGGGGCAAGGAAGAGCGCAAGUCGAACCCAUACAAGAAGGGCGACGACAUCGACAUCCGCAUCCGCGCCCACGACUCCAAAUUCCAAAUCUUCGUCGACCAGAAGGAGGUGAAGGAGUAUGAGCAUCGUGUGCCACUCUCCUCCAUUACCCACUUCACCAUCGAUGGAGACGUUCUCGUCAACUACAUCCACUGGGGAGGAAAGUACUACCCAGUUCCAUAUGAAAGUGGACUCGCCGCCGAGGGACUUGCUCCAGGCAAGACUCUCACUGUCUUCGGAAUCCCGGAGAAGAAGGCCAAGCGUUUCCACAUCAACCUUCUCAAGAAGAACGGAGACAUCGCUCUCCAUUUCAACGCUCGUUUCGAUGAGAAGCACGUCGUGCGCAACUCGUUGAUCAACUCCGCCUGGGGAAAUGAGGAGCGUGAGGGCAAGAUGCCAUUCGAGAAGGCCGUCGGAUUCGACUUGGAGAUCCUAAACGAGCCAUACGCUUUCGCGAUCACCGUCAACGGCGAACGCUUCGCUUCGUACGCUCACCGUCUCAGCCCGGACGAGGUCAACGGACUUCAAAUCGGAGGAGACGUCGAGAUCACCGGAAUCCAAAUCGCCUAA